ACCGGUCUGCGCAGCGCGACCUCAAGUCAAACCCACCGAGCUAAGUUACUUUCUGUUUCUUACGGUGGUAUAAGUAGUAUUUCUGAAAUAUUAUGUAAAAUAUAUAUUCCUUAUAUCGGGGCACCAUGAUCAUCGGUUGGUGCUUCAUCUGCAUAUUUGCAGUGGUGAUAAACGAAGUGUCUCUGGAUGUCACUUUAGUGGGUUUUACUGGCAGUUCUGUUGUUCUGCCGUGUUCUUCAACUGAAUAUGAUCUUGAACUUCAAGACAUCAAUGUGUUUUGGAGACACAAUGGGAGUGAGACUAUUUAUGAUCUAAUUAGUGGUAAAGAUUCAGUAGCAGGACAGAACCCACGGUACAAGAACAGAGCGCAAACUUUCCCUGAUGAGUAUCUGAGAGGAAACUUCUCCAUCAAACUCAUAAAUCUCACUCACGCUGAUGCAGGAGAGUUCGUCUGCCUCAUCAUUCACUCAUCUGAUUCUAAACAGGAGACUGUACUGCUGUUCAUUAAUGAAUCAACAGUAGAAAAAAGAAAAAAUUCCACUGAACCAGCAGAGACAGAAUCAGACCAGAGGAAUGUAUUAUUAAUCUGUGUUUGCAUUCUUGUACCUGUAAUAAUUUUGCUGUCUAUAGCCUGUUUCAUGAUUCACUGUAGAAAAAGAACAUCAGCUCCCUUAUAAAAGGAUAUUUUUUUAAACUGAAGGGCCUGUUGCACACAGCAAGUGUCAGCAUCAUCUAUGCAGCCUGUAUUUUUAGCACCCAUGUUAAAAAAUGAGUGUUCACAUCAGAUGCACGAGCAGCACGUCGUUUUCUACUGCAUUCUCUCACCUUUUAUUUUCUUGUUAUACUGUUGCUGAUAAAUUAAAUACUGCUUGUUCUUAUUGUAUAUAAAUUAGAUUAUUAAACACUGUAACAUAAAAAAGUCAAUCCUGUCCAUAUCGUAAUUCUAUACAAUUGGUGUUUUUGUCAGAAUAAAUACAUUUUG